AACCUCGCGGAUUUCUAAUAAGCCUGAAAGCCAUUACUUAGAAAAGAAGAAUAUAAUUAAUUAAACCCGAAAAAAUUCUCGAGAUCGAUAAAUUACGAAUUUUUGAUCUUGGCAGAAUUAACAAGGAAAUUUAUAAUGCUGGCCACUGAAAAACAGCUGAUCCUGCUAUUGUGUAGCCAAGCCAAAAUAUUUUUUUAAAAAAGUGCGUCAUUCAAAAAGCUUCGCAGUAAAAUAUAGAAUAGUCUCGGUCAAAAACUAUUUGCAAUAUGACCAGUCAAGACUCGCAAUAUCAGAAUAAUGAUUAUUGGCAGAAUGGCGAAUAUUCGUCUCAAGCUUACAUUAAAAAAGAGCCACAAGACCAGACUCAAGAUUUGCCUGAAGAAGCUUUUUCAAAACUGGAAACUUCAGAAACAACAGGUGAUUCAAAGGCCAAUCGCUCACAUGACGACCAUGAUCGCUCUCAUGAUAGAAGUGAAAGACAUCGAUCCAGAGAAGAUGAUGAUCGUGAACGGCGAGAAAGAAAACGUGAAAGAGAUAGAGACAGAGAAAGAGAUAGAGGAGAUAGAUCAGAUAGGGAUAAAGAAAGAGAUCGGGAUAGAGAUAGAGAAAGAGACCGAGACAAGGACAAGGACAAGGACAAGGACAAGGACAAGGACAAGGACAAAGACAAGGACAAGGACAAGGACAAGGACAAGGACAGGGACAGGGACCGAGAUAGAGAAAGAGAUAGAGAUAGAGAUAGAGAGAAAGAUAGGGAGAGAGAACGAGACAGAGAAAGAGAUCGUGAUAGAGAUAGAGAUCGUGAUAGGGAUAGGGAUCGUGAUAGUGAAAGCAGCCGACGGCGCAGAGAGCGAGAGCGAGAGCGAGAACGAGAACGAGAACGUAUCGAAGUUAUAGUCCCAGACGUCGCAGUCACAGUCCAAGACAUCGUUCGCGUUCUCGAUCGAUAACACCUAUUAAUAGAAGAAGAAAAAAAUUAAAUAAUUGGGAUGUUCCACCUCCAGGUUAUGAAGGAAUGACAGCUGAACAAGUUAA